AUGAAUUCUCUUCUUACGCUUCUCCCUCGCAAUCAACUCGAUAGAUAUGCAGAUUGCACAAUCGAUACCUGUCCCAUCUCUACAUCCUAUUAUUUCUAUCGUGUAUCAAUCGGCGCAAAUGCCGCUUUCCUGGCUCUUUUCUCCAUCUCAUUCCUCGGAUUUGUCCUUACAUAUGCAUUCACUCGUCGUGCAACGGCGUUUACAUUCGCCAUGUGCGCUGGCGUUAUACUCGAAAUCAUUGGGUAUGUGGGUCGUAUAAUGAGCUGGGAGAAUCAAUGGAAACAGAAUGGAUUUCUCAUGCAAAUAGUUUGCUUGACAAUUGCGCCGGCGUUUAUGGCGGGAGGGAUCUAUUUGUGCUUGAGAAGAAUUGUGUAUGCGUUUGGACCGGAAAAUUCCCGGAUUAGUCCAGAGGGAUAUACUAGAAUUUUCAUCCCCUGUGAUCUCAUGUCCCUUCUGCUUCAAGCCGCUGGUGGCGGGUUGGCAUCCGCAGCCUCACACCAGAACAAAUCGCCAGACACAGGCGAUAACAUCAUGGUAGCCGGUCUUGCAUUUCAAGUUCUCACUCUAUUAAUCUUCAUGAUUCUCUGCGUCGAUUUUGCAAUUCGUACACGCUCCCGAUACAGAUCCCUCGGUUCCGCAGCAUUCGACCAAAAUCCCGCUUUUAUAACCCUUCGCUCUUCCAAAGGCUUCAAGGGAUUUGUAAUCGCUCUUGCUCUUGCUACUAUAUGUAUCUUCUGGAGAUCUGUGUACAGAGUCGCCGAAUUGGCAGAAGGGUGGACGGGAAAUUUAAUCAGGAAGCAAAACUUAUUUAUUGGAUUUGAAGGUGUCAUGGUCAUCGUAGCCUGUUUUGUACUAAACCUUUUCAAUCCUGCAAUUACAUUUAAGGAAGCAAUGACCGGAUUAGGUGGUCUGGGUACGAAAAAGAAGAUGAAGAAACAGGAGGAGUCGAGGGAAAAGACUAGCGAAGGGAUUAGCGCCAGUAACAGUGAUAUUGAGGCUGCUAAAAUGGCCCCUGUUUAG